UAAGCACUCGAUCUCCCAUUAAAAGUUGACCAAAUAGCUAAAAUUGUGUUGUUUGAAAUAACGUAUUAUGCAUAAUCUCUUCAUAAGUUUAUUAAAAAAUAUAAUGUUACAUAUAUAUAUAAAUCAAAUUGCAAAAGUCAACACGUAUUUCUGGUUUAUAACUAUUACAUAUCCAAAACCUCUAGUGUAAAGUUAUAUCCCGCAUAAAAUUUCAAUGUGCUAUAUUCUCUUUUAUUGACCUUUUCACAGUUUAAGUUGUUCACUUAUUUUCUGUAUUAAAAAAGGAAGUAAACGGAGUGAAUUUAAUAAGACCAUGGGCAUUAUGAAUAUUUUGUAUUUUCUAAAAAAAUGGUUUUAAGGCAUGAAAAUUUAGUAAGUUAUUGCCAGUAACCCUACUUAAAACAUAUGUGAAUGAUUUGUAACUUUUCUUAAUUCAUAACAGUUUACUUCCAUUUUUCAAUUCUCAAAAAGAGCAUUGUAACAAAAGAAAGAUUUAUUUAAACAAUAGUUAGUUAAAACUGUGAACUCUUGUAUUGCCUAAUUUAUUUAAUGUUUUUUAACAUCAUUUUUAUUUUUUUAUUAUGUAUAUGUUUUGUGACAACUGCUAUUUUAUAAAGGUUAGCCAUUUUUGAUGUUUGGUGCCUUAUUGUCUAUCCUUAUUCAUAGGAAUUACUUUUUCUUAGUUAUAAAGAUAAAGAACCAAUAUUGAACUAAACUGCUAAGUUGACAUGAACGCUGCUAGAAAAUAUCCAGUGAGUGAAUUCAUUUUUUAUGGGGAAAUGGGAAAGUGAUUUUCAAUAUAAUAAACUAGUCGAUAAGGCCCGUGGAGAAAUCCACUUAGGCAGGAGGGACAAUGUAAAAAUUGGUUAUUUUAGACCUUUUGCUGAUGUCAGCAGUGCAUAUGAAAAAACAAAUUGACGAAAUUCAUUUUAUCCGUUGUCCCUAUUGUGUAGAGCUCGACACGCUCAUGAAGAGAAUGUAUGUGAUCAUGUGAUUUUGAUGAACGGUUAAUGAUAUAUAAGGGUUUAAAAAUUAUGCUGACGUCAGCAAAGACCCGUGAAAACAAACAAAAUUAAUUUUUAGAAAUUUGUAUACCUGUUGGCUUCAACGUAUAGGUCUUUAAACGCUGAUCAAGAAAAUGUAUAGGAUCAUGUACUUUUGACAAACGGUUAUGGAAAUAUGGGGGGUUUAAUUGAUUUUUGAUGACGUCAUCAACCCGUCCAUUCCGAAACGGAUUCAGGGACCCAGGUUUGGGAAAAUUACCUAAAUUGGUCCUAUCUGGUCCCUAUUUACCCACGCGGGGAAAAAUUAUUGACACCACCUCGUUUCCAAGUUAUUUGGCCUCAAAUAUUUAAGUGCACUGUAUUGGCUUCAUUAAUUUAAAAUAGGAUAUUGACGUUAGUAGUAGUGUUAUUGACGUUGCGCCGUAAUGUCAUAAAAUUUAACAUUUGAGACAUACUUUUUUCGGCGACAUUAGAGAAAAUUUCGGCGACAUCAAAGGAAAAUGACGAUAUCCACUAUGACCGUCACAUACACUUAGUAUUAUUAUAAGAGAUAGAAAUGUUUUAUGUAGUUAUUUAUAUAACAAAUAAAGGUAUACAAAUUAUUAUAUUGCAGCUUUUGGUAAUGGUACACAAAUGUUGCCCAAAAAACUCUAAUUCAAGAUAUUUUAAACUUUGUUUCUAAUCCGUAAAUAGUAUCUGAAUAGUUUUUCUACUAUAUUUAAGCAUUGAUGCAACACAUUCCAACUGCUUGGCGAGAUUCGUGAACGAUGCCCAUCCCGGUGUGCCAAUUGUAAAAUGGUGUUACUGGUUCGUGACAAAGUGCCGUAUCUAGGUUUAAAGUCUCUAAAACUCAUAAAGACUAAUGAAGAGCUUAGAUACGAUUAUGGUGACAAAUGCAUGUUGUCUUUGAGAAAGCAGGUAAUUUAUUAAUUCUAAGGAACUUUACUGUUAUUUUGUUUUCCAAAUAUUUACUGCAUUUUUUUCUUAUAGAAGAACUUGUGUGUGCCAUUACAUUUAAAAGAUAUAGAGAAUCAGCUAAAAAAGAUCUCCCAUGCAAGUAUUCUGAAACUGAAGACCUCAAGAUGUUGCCGAUGAUGGCUUUUCUGAAUGUUGCAAGAUACGUUACACAUCACUACAACAUGUAUAUGUAUGCUAUGACCCCUUUUUUUCUUGUAGAUCAAAUCUGUUUCUUGGAAACAAGAUUUAUAUCGAUGGAAAAAUAAAGUUGAUAGUUUUUUGACAGAAAGACUCGUUUAGCUAUUGUUAUUGUUUUGAUAGCCCCUCGAUAGUGAUCGUCAUAAAAGCUUCGUUACUAAAAAAAAAUUAUCAUAAAGUAGACCAGUUGAUAGCUAAAGGAGUUAGUUUUGACGACUUUGUCGAAGCAUGCAAGAAGAAGACUGCUAAAAAGUAUGUACUUAGAAAUAAUAGGAAAUGUGAUUUUAGAGAGGUAUGUUAUAUUAUAAGUAGUUACAUGAAACUACACAUUUAGUAUGUUGUAUUAGUUCAUCAAAGUGAUAAUAGUAUGACACAUUAACAGAAGUGAAUGUCAGUAAUUUAGAACAAAUCUUACGAGGAAAAGUAUUAGAAGCAGAUACGUUUUAUUCUUUCUCAGUCAUAAUAUAUAAUAGUCUUUUUAUUUUAACUAUUAGGUUUUCAUAAAGAAAAAUAAAUCUUCAGGACAUUCUCCAAAUAUAUAAUUAGCUAUCAUUUUUUGCGUGCAUUUCCGAAUAUAUGUGAAAAAACGCUAAUAUUUUUUCAUCUCACGCUAAUAUUUUUGCUUCAUAGUUUUUGGGCGUCAGUUUUUUUACUUUGAUUUCUAAGUCAUAUCCGUCGUUUCGUAGUUCAUAAGCAAAAGCGAUAUGUCCCAAUUAGAGUUAUGAUUUGUUACAUUCGCUCUUUUUGCAUCAGCAUCAUGUCAAGUACCUAUCUGUUUUUAAUAAAAAUUUCUGGUGCUGUGUAUAAAAGAAGAUUGGUCCAAACUCCAAUUAAUCUGCUAACGACAAGAUGAUCUCAUCGUUGGACUAGCAUUCAGAUUCGCGUGCAAAUUCACUAUAUCAAGUUGAGUAAAAAGAAAAUCUAGGAUGCUAGUUAGUAAUAGGACGUUAACUUUUGAGUAAGCUGGUUUUAAAUAGAAGCGUCUACAGUGAUAAAUCUAAUUGUAAGUAUUUUUAGUCUUUAAGUUAACUAGUUAGUAAACCAGCUACACAGUUCAAACAGUAGUUGCAAUACGAAUUAGAACUUAUUAUUAUUAUUUAGUACAGUUCAAAGUAGUAGUAUUAUAUGACAAUAUAUAAUGACCACAUACACUUAUCGGUUAAAAAUUGAUAAUCCGUAUUAUAAUCUACAUCGAUUUUAGGUGCUGGCUUAAUUGCAAAGAUGAUUCACUAGCGAAAGUGAAGGGAGUCAGAACACUAUAUAUGGAAUAGAAACAUCUGGUUCAGAGCUGCCAAAAUUUAUCUGUUCUUCCAUCCACGAUAUUUAUUGAACACUUGCAACAAACAUGCAUCAAACAUUCGCAAUAAGAUGAAAAUAAAUUUACACAAGUUAUUGACUUGAUCAAUUCAUGGCUUGAAAUUCAUUAAAAGUAUUAUAGAACAUUCAAUUUAUUGUUAGGUUAUGCUAUAAAUGUUUUUCUAUUUACAAAACAUAGCAUUUUAAUUGUAAUUCAUAUUUCUUCUUAUUGGAAAAAAGAUUAUAUUUUAUUAUA